CUACAAAAAUAACAAAUAGUAAAAUACAAUUGGAACAAAAGAUCAGAAUAGACCCAUAUCCAUAGGCUGAAGGGAGGUGCACUCAGCACUCGAACAAUCACGAACGACCCAGGAUAUACCAUGACCUUCAGUCGACCGAUCUAUACAAAACACCCUUCUAUCUACCCUUGAAGAAAUUGCGCCAAGCUCCAGGAUGUCGGGGUGGUAACUUGAUCAGACGGCAGCAGUCCCUCGGAACCAACAAUAGAGCCGCGGUGGGCGUCAAAUCUAGCAGCCCUUGUGCGCGCUGCCACAAAUUUGCUGGAGGAGAAAGAAGGCCACCAGAUCUGCACCAAACAGAACAAGAAACAGAAAAAACCAACGAGCCCCUACCAAGAUCAACAAGAAAGAGCCGAGGGUCGUCGGAACUGAAAAAAACAAACUGUACAAGAACACAAAACAAAACAAAACAAUCAGAAAACAGAAAAACCAAAAGGGUUCACCGGAGAGGGACUCAGGAACCGACAGACCCUGAAGGGUCAUCGGAGGAGGGAGCACAGGCCGACCCCAGCAUGCUUGAGCGGUCGAGGAGCCCAGUGGCUCAAGCAGCAAAACCUUGGAAGCUCAAAGGCUUCCGAUCAAAACAAACGCAGUGCAAGAGAAGGGAGGCAAAAGCAAAAGAGAAAGGACAGAAAAGGGGAAAGAAGAGAGAGAGUCCACCUCAUUACUUACUUUCCCCUUAAUUUUUAAAUACUUAAAUUUAAAUAAAUUAAUCUUUGUGUU